AUGUCUUUCUACGCGGACAUCUUCUACCUCGCUCAUCUCUGGGAGAUUGCAAGGCCUCGUGGAGAGGACUGUUUGCAGGCCGCAGAACAGCAUAUUGCCAGCCCGAAAGAGACAACCGAGAAGGGUCACACCAGAGACCUUGGGAAACUGUUCAGACAUGCAGCAGCCAAGACAUUUCGAUACGCCCAGAGAGACUCAUAUCGCCGACACAAAGACAACACAUAUAUUGUGCUAAACGAUCUUGGGGAGGGGGACGAUGAGGACUCUGACGGAGAAUGGGCCCGGAACGAGGUCGAUCCUGAUUUUGUUGCCUCCACCAGCUUCAGACGAAGCUUAAGCCAGAGGGCUAGUCGCAUCAUGGGUCGAAGACGAUUAUAA